UAAUAAAUUUCAGGUUAAUUCAUUGAUAUGUAUCGUUUAUUAGAUAAAAUAUAUGCAAAAAUAUUCAGCAAAAAGUUAUUGGUAUCCCUAUCGGCUAUUACAGCAUUUAAUUGGCAAUCAUUUAACAGAAAUCGACAGAAUAUCAAACUAAGAGCACAGGUAUGUAUGAGAUGUUCAUAUCUUAUGGACGAACGUAUUGAAAAGCUAUACAAUGAAUGGAACGGUUCGAUGGUUAAGAUCUGGAUAUAUAGUAUGUCCGAUACAAAUGCUAGUAGACUGGGCAGCGGUGCCGGUUGUCUAGUGGACAGUCGUGAUGGUCUCAUACUAACAAACUAUCACGUGGUGCGCAACUCUAUUGACGUAUUGGUUGAAAUGUCACAGAAAUACCCGAAAUCUGAUUUACUUGUAUCGGUUGGACAGACAUCGGGAGACAAUGAUAUGAUACAGCAGAUCGCGGGUCGCGUGUUGUACGUCGAGCCGCAGUACGAGUUAGCACUAAUAAAUUUGUGUAAUUAUAAGUCGAACGCUUUGCGCGCAUUUGAAUUGUCGGCCACUGAUCCCGAACUCGGCGACGAUGUCAUACUGUUUGGAAACCCGAGGAUCAAGAAUACGAUUCAGGCGGGCGUUAUACACUCCAUAUCGGCAAAGGGACAGAUAACUGCCUGUUUUUUGUUUAACGAAAACAUUUGUAUCGAUCAGGACUACCUGUUUACCCAACAUUCAGCUACGGGAUGGCCCGGUUCGUCAGGGGGUCCACUGAUGGAUAUGAAUGGACGCGUUGUGGGCGUUCACUUUGGGGCUGUCGAACAGAAAAUCAAUUUGGCCGCCAAAUCAAUGGAUAUCAUAGCAUUUUUGGGAAGGAGUCAACAAUUUUUGGACAACGACUACAUAACUAUCCAAAAUGAUCGACAAAAUCGAUGUAAACGACACAAUAGUUUGGGUUUAAUACUCUUAGGUUUUGUCAUCAAUGGAUUUACAUUUGGUGACACCGAUGUCAGAAAUCAGUUACAACUGAAUGAUAUAAUAACAUCAGUAAACGGAUCUCCGAUUAGAUUUAUCAAACAAUUGACCGAUGCUUUGAAUAAUCUGACCGAAGAUAACCAGACGAUUCAGUUGACAGUCUUGAGAGAGACGAGAACAGAGACAGGAAAACGAAGAGCUGAGGAAUUGGACGCCAAUAUAAAAGCAAAUACUAGUUAUAACUGGUUUUAUCUGUGA